AAGACGUGAUGUUGUCACUUAAUUCAUGCCUAGUGUUAACAUCGCACUUCAAUGGUGAUUUUCAGUGUUUUGGAUACCCUUAAGCAGAAAUGUUUCUGUGUUGUGGCAGAAAACAGUCAGAACAGUCCUGUUUUUACCCCACUUUCUUGGGAUGUGCUUGGAAUUGUCAAAUGUCAGUCUGAAAUUUCCCAAGUUUGGUGACUCUCUGCACUCUAGCUGUUUUAGACUUUUAACUUUGCCCUUUGAGAGAGUCAUCUGUCCUUGAAUGUGAGCGUGGAAAAAAUAUUGAUUAAAUUUCUUCGCCUUUUUUAUUAUUAGGGCUGCAGUCAAAAUGGAUGGCACGAACAUAUUCAUGGAAAUUGGCACUGGGAAGUGAUGAUUACUUCUAGUCCAAAGCAACUCUGCCCUGGUGAUUUUUUGUUUGCUUGUUUUUUAGUCCUUACAAAUGCAGAAGUGAGAAGCAGCACUUCUGUGUCCCAGCUGCUUGCUGGAUGAAUCCAUGCUGCACACUUAAGCUUACUGGGGAAGACAUGGAGAAAGACCAGAUGAAGUGUCUUCCUCAGAUCCUGCAGGAGAGGAGCUUUCCUCCUGCUCCCUCCUGUUUAGCUGUUAGCACAAAGUGUUUAAAGAAGCCUAAUCAGGUGUAAGCAAACUGCAGCUUUCCUUGCCUAGCAGAGCUUGCGGUAGCUAGGAGUCCUUGUAGUGCUUCUGGAAGGUAAAAUGCCAUUUGUCACUUCACCCUGGGUGGAGCUGGAUUGAGGAAGAAAUCCAGUAAAACUGCUGAGCAGUUCUGGUGAAUUCAGUGCUGGCAUGAGAAUGACAGGGGAUUUAAUCCUUUGUGGUGAUUGGCAUUAUAUUGUGACCCUUUGCCAUAAAAUACUUUGUCCAGUGUAGAAUAUCGAGUUUGCCUGAGCUCAGCUGAGAGCAUCAGCCCCCAUGGGCAGCACGGGUGGCCUGUGGAGCUGAGGACCUGGUGACACAUCUGCCUGUCUGUUGGACAGGUGGAAAACCUGCUGUGCCAAAGUUUGUUCAGGACGUUUUGGUGCCAUAUGUUUGGGAUUAUGUUUUGAAGUCAAAUCACCAGUGCUGCUGUUGGUAAAGGAGGCUUAAAGGUGAUGGUUGUGAUCAUGGCUAAAUCUGUGCUAUUGAUUAUAACUGAGAUGCUGUAGCAGUCCAAGUGUCUUGCCAAAUGUUGUGUUCUUCUGUGUAGUGCCAUGAGAUCAGAGGGCUUUUCUGCUCCUCAGCUGGGGAGCACAGCACACAGUCUGACUGACGAGGGCUGCUGGGGAGGUGGCAGGAAGGUUAAAGUCGAAGGCUUGUGUUGUAUCAGAACAUGAUGGUUGCACACUGGGGUGCACCAGGGCAGCUGCAAAGUCAGUCGUGCUGAUUGUGUUUCCUGUCUCCUCUGCUUAGUCAUGCAAGUGCAAUAUUUCCCUAAUGUGUUUCUGUAGAAAUAUUAGUUACAUAAGUAGAACAUUUAAUCUCAGUUUAUAAGUGAAUUCAUGUAGCUGGAGUCAGACUGUAGUAUAAUUCAUGUUUGAGUUCCCACAAUGCUGUAUAUUCUUGUGGAAAUUAUCUUCAUUUUAAUUAGGCCUGAAUAGUUUUAAUUAUUGGAAUAUAGAUUUAAUGAAUACACUUCAUGUCCUCCCAUCACCAAACUGAAAAUUCAGUGCUUACUGUGACUCUUAAGGUCAUGUUAGCAGUCAAACAAAACCUGCUUCUCUGAUUUAAUUUUACACCCAGACCAGUUUCUGACUCUCAUCUGCCUUUUUGUAAGAUCUACCCUCUGCUGUUUAGUAAUCUUAAGAGCUUGAAUUAAAUCUUUCAAUCAAUUCCAGUUGAAAGAACAGGCUGUGUGGCUGUUACGGAGGGAUUGCUGGAGUAGUGGCUGAAUAUAAAGAUGCCAGAUUUGUGCUUAGUAGCAGAGCCCUCACCUUCCUGUGUUCCCAAGGCACGUGCUUUGCCUUGGAGGUUUUGGAGCUGCAGGUUGCAAGAUGACUUCUACAGCAAGAGAAAGAGGGUAUAGUUGGAAGCAUUCAGACAAGCACAAAAUGCCAUGGAUGAGCACUCAGAUUACUGAAUCUCUGUGUCUAACCUUGCUCUGUUUGUGCUCCACGUGGACCCUUGUUUAUGCAAGUUAAUUUUCUUGCAUGUCUUGCAACUUUCCAUGGGUAUUGAUGCCUUUUUGCAAUAAUAAGGGCAGGAUCCAGUGUCAUUCCUAACGUGCGUGAGGGCUGGGGAGCAGUGAAGUUAAAAGGUGGAAAGAAGAGUUUGUUGGAGAGGUAGGACAGGGCCUCAUGAAACAGGUAGAGCCACGUGCACCUCCCUGGUGACCUCGGAUCCAAGUGUUGUGCACAGCGUGGGCUGGAGGGUGAUGCCAGCAGUGUUUGUGCUGCUUCAGCGCAUGGUUAGAGGGGGAGCCAUGAGUGGAACACUUCUCUGUUCACACCUGGGGGGAACUACCUUGCUGAUAAGUUCGUGGGGUUGUUUUCUCCUGGUCUUCCCACACGAGGCUGCUGUAAAGCCCCCAGGUGGCGGCAGCUGCUGCCCUUCUCUCACUCCAGUGGCUUCCAAGCUGCGAUACGAAGGCUCAGGGGACAGGGGGGUCAGAGGGUUGUGCCUUCAAGGACUGGGAAAGGACAUGCCUGGGAAGUACAGGCAGUCCACUUCUAACUGCUAGAAAAGCUGUGAGAGUCCACAGAUUAAACAAAAAAGAUGGAAAACUGUCAAGACUCUAGUUGUGCAAAGUGUUGUUUGUUUGUUUGUUUUCAUAGAUAACUCUCAUUAUACCUCUUUAUAAUGACUGCUUUCCCUUAACACUUUGCCAGUGUUUUGAGGGAGAAAUGUCAUUACUUAAAAUCAAACUUGAUAAAAAUAUGCUGAAUUUGAAUAACUUGGAUUGCCCAAGCCUACUUUGACUCCUAUGAGGAUGUUCCUGUGUCCCAAUUGCACAAUUUCACGGCACUUUGGGGCAGGGAGUUGUUUGGGUAGAGGUUUACAUGAGGAUUUUUUUCCUGAGUUUCAUCUUUGUCUGUGCCAUUAAAACAAUUAUAUGUUCAGUCCCUUAUCUGUUGCAUGGUUACUACCUUAAAUCUGAGUUGCAAUCUGAGAUGCAUUUAUGUUGUGGUGUGUUUAUUUUAAUAAUAGUUGUUUUUUAACUCAGUAAGUUGUAGUCAAUUUUCCAUUCACUUAAUGGUAUACUGGUAUUUUUUGAAAGUAUCUACUUUGCAGGAUUAGUAAGAUGCUUUCAUAUGCUUUAUAAAUCAAAGUUUAGAAAAUUUCUUGUUAGUAAUCAGCAAACAAUGAAUCUGUAACAGUUGAAAGUUUUGUUUUUCUGUACAGCAAGGAUAGAUAAAAUGGCACGGGUGUUUGUCACUGUUGUGAUGUGAAAAAGAGGGAAAUCUCUUACUGCAACAAGCCUACCAGCCUCUGAGCUGCAGGCAGAAGGGCUUGGUAAAUAAAGGCUGGUAAAAGCAGCCGUGGAGCAGCAAACAGCUCCGGUUCUGGGGUAACUUUGUAUUUCUGCUGCGGGCAGGAGGCUGUUUGGGGCAGCCCGGGGGCUGCAGCGGCUCUGCCUGCAGACCCGUGUCCUGCCUUCCCUCUGCCCUUCCUGCGGGGAGGGCAGAUCGGGUCCCUGUUCUCUGGCUGCCUGCUGAUCUCUCCCCAAAAUAUGGAGCACCGUGGCCCCUCUGUCUGCAGGUUGUUGGGGAACAGGGUUAGGAGGAGGGCAGUGGACAGAGAGCAUGGUCAUGCGAGUCCUCUGGUGAAGCAACUACUUCUUCUUCAGCAAGUAAAUGCAGUUUGUUUGGACUUUUCCGUUCUGCUCUUUGCAAUGGGUAAUUGCCUGGGAUUUUUGCUUUCCUUCAGUGCUUGGAAAGAGGGUUGAGGAGGUGUUGGCUCUGGGAUAUGUGUGUUUACUGCUCAGAUCCUCAUCAGCUUGCUACCAGCUUCCCAGACACGCUCUUAACACUUGGUGCAUCCAGUGAUGUAAGAAGGAAGCAGUGAGCACCCUGUUCCUGGAACAGUCUCCCAUAAAGAAGCUACUGUGGGGCCAGGGAGGGAUGUGCCUGCAGAUGAAGUAAGAAGCAAAGCAUGAGAAAACACAAGUGCCAGUCUCUGGCUUCCUUCAAAGUGGGUGUGUGUUAUAGGGAGAAACUGAGACUCAUAAGGGUGAGUUUAUCUUCUGGUCUGGGAGGCAGCAGGCAAACUUUGGUAUUUAUUCCAUUUGUUUCAGUUUGUGGUAAUGCUGGUGUAUGCAGAAAAAUAUUAUACGAGUUCUGAGAGAUGCUCUAGCUGGUUUGGUAACCCUGUGUGCAGUGCUCCAGGGGCAGAAUGAGAGUGUGAACGAGAAUACAUUUAUUUCUGCUGCACAUUUGACACAGGAAUCUGCUGACUAGGAUGCUGAGUAAAGAUGGAGCCUUACUGGGGUAAGCUCUGUCUUGUCUUUUGGUUGUCUAAACAAUUAUAAGAGGUACAACUUUGUAGCUAUUUUCCUCCCCUGUUUCUUUUCUUGUCCCUUCUCCCAGUGACUGGUGUUUUCUUGGCAAAUGUUAACGCUAAAGGGUGUUUGAUGCCUCUUGAGUACCAUCACUCAUCUGUAAUGUUUUCUUUCUGAAUACUAUUAAGUUUAAAGGCCUUUGAGAAGAAUCAACAGAAUGGUGAAAGUACCUCAGAAUGAAACCUGUUUAUUAUUAAAUGCUUUACUUAAGGGAGAGUUCAAGGUAGGAGGAGCCUGGGGAGCCAAAAGAUGAAAAGGACUGGUAGGAGUUCAGAAGGUGGAUAUUCUUCACCCCCCUUGGAUGAUCCUGUAAGGUGCAGAUGUGCAGCCCCUCCCGGCAGUGGCUGUUGCAGAGGCUACAGGAAGAGGUGGAUAACAAUUAACCUCAGCACUGGGGGAGUCAGGGCAUUGUGAGCAUGGGGGCAUUUCUUGGCAGACUCACUUUGGCAAGUCAUAGCUUCUGUUGCCCCGUUCUCCAUGAAAUGUGGUUUGGGCAGAAGAGCAGCUCUGAGUCCCAGGCCCGAAGGAGGCAGGAGCCCACAUUGCAGCAGCCCAUCAAAGGGAGUGCUCAGUGCUGCUUUUUUUUUUGUCCUCCUGGAGUUGGGAGUUCUUAUGGCCUGGUGUCCAUCACCACUGCCGACACUUGCAGUGCAGUAAGAGGAUGUUGGCGUAUAAUCCAUUUUCUGUGCAUCCUCUGGGAGGACAGGAACCUGACAGAGAGAUCGUGGCUAGCCAGAGCUAAUGUUUUUGACAAGUUUAUACACUUCUAAGUGCAGAAUUGACUAUGGCCUUUCCAAUUUAAAAUUUUCUGAUGUUUCAGUCUCAAGAGGUCCAAGUGGCAUCUUUUUUUGUUGGAAAAGCAGAGCCUGAUUAUCUGUAGUAGCAUGUUGGUUCCCUCUAUCUUAUUUCUCAUUUCUUUGCACCAUUAGCCAAAUCCUGCUGAGGAGUGAGGGUUUGUGUGUGGAGACAUUUGGGAGGGGACGUGUCAUGUUGUGCCCAGGUUUAACCAGGACAUGUGGUAACCAAGAUAGGAGUGAAAAUAAAUCACUGUGCAGUCAAUGGGGGGAGGUUGGCAUCUCCAGGCUCCUCCCACUGGUGAUACAGAGACAUGGACAGGGGUGUUCCUGACCCAAGUGCUGGCAUGAGUUCUGCCUCACAUCGGAAGCAUGGGGAGGAAUCCUCAAACCCAAUUAAAAUUGCAGCUUGUGAUGACAGGCUUGUGAUUACCCCUAAUGCCAGGUCAGGUGUGUUAGAGAAGAAAGCAGCAGGAGGAGGACGUGCUGCUUUUCUCUCUAAGCCAGCUGCUGUCUCUGUGUUUAGUGCUGUGGGUCAUUUCGUUUUGGUCUGGUUGUUGGUUUUUAUUUUGUUGUUUUGUUUUUUUUGAGAGGCAGGCUAGGUUAAUCAGAAAGUUGUUUUUAUGAAGGAAAAGAGAAAAAUUAGGUGUGGGAAAGAGACAUAGUGUUUAUUAAAAAUCUAGGACUUUUCUCUUUGAAUUUUAGAUUUCAGACAAUGUCUUGGUGAGGGCUGAUUCCAGCUGCUGGUGCAGCUGAACACUUGGCAGAUGCAAGUUUCCCAGUGCAGCUCUGACACAGGGGGGGCCUGUGUCCCCUGUUGGGAGGGUCUAGAAUUAGAAGGAUGUUCAACUGAUAGCUCUGUAUUGCUUUGUAGUGCUAUAUAUUUUAUUCAACUUUUUUUUUUUACUUAAUUGCUGUGUGUUCUACUGCAGUGUAAAUAUUUUAUGUUUCUCCUAACUGUGGAUUUUUUCUUGAGGUAUGCAGGUAUUCAUAGCAUGUAAAACUGCAGUGAAUCUGCUAAGCAAGCAUACUGAGGUAGAGGAAGAGGUAAAAAGGGGAAAUAGUGGGGAAAGGCUUAAUAAACACCUACACUUCAGAGAAUUGAAGCAAAAUUGCUAAGCGAUCCUGCGCUUUGUAGAAAUGUAUUCUUAGGGAGGUCUGUUUCAAGUCUGUAAGUCUGAUCUUCACAAUACAAACUCUUUCUGGGAAAUCAGCUGAAUGCCUGAUCUUCCAAGGGAAUAAAGCUCCUUCAAGAGCAGCAGUGUUUGAGGGCGAAAUUUCUAGAGAAUAGUCUCAAAUGCUUUUUGAUUAGAUUUAGCAUUAAAAAAACCCGAGGAUGUUCACACUUAGGAUUAAAAAUGUAAAGCAAUCGUAGAUCACCUUGAUAUCUGCUAAACCAAGAAGCCAAAAAGAAGGUGUGGUUCCUGCUCUGGUGAUGAUGGGGCUCUAUACAUGUAAAAUACGAGACUUGGUAGCUGUUUCACAGUGAAACUGUGAUGCCUCACAUCCUGGAUUCCAGUCAGAUUUUUUUCAAUCAAAUGUUGAUUAUUCCCACCUUGGUAAUCAAGGACUGGGGAAAGAGUCACACAAAGCAAACUACAUGUUGCAAGUAAAAGGAUCAUUUGGUUCAAAAGGCUUGAUGUGAAAUUAGAGGUUUCCAGCUGGGGAGUGCCUCGGGAUGUCUCUGGUACCACCUGCUGCUUAACACAGCUUCAACGCAGAAUCCAGAGGCUUGCUCAAGCCUGUUGUCAGCCUUCUUGUGGCGAGAUGGACCUCCGUGAGGUGAUAGUGGAGGUCUGGAGGUUGGCCUUGAUGUGCAAUUUGCUCUUCACAGGGACCCCCAGCACAGCACAGGACUUCCUGCUGGUUGUGACCCACUGCCAGGCCUGUCAGCAGCAGGGCCGGUGGCUGCUGGGGCAGCAGAUCCCCCUGGGGCUGGGGCAGCAGGGUAAACGUGUUUGGGUGGGGAGGAGUGGGGCAGAGCCUAGCCAAGAGCACAGGCCUGCGGAGCACUGCAGCUGGGUUUGUGUGCUAAAGCAGUGGCAAACCUGUAGUUCUGAGCUCAGCCAGAUACUUGGAAUUGAUUUCUUCAGUACAUCAUUUGUGAAAUUUCAAAAGGCAUUUUUGUGCAUAAAGGUCCAGUGUCACAGCAAGCACCAAAAACUGAGGUAAAGUGAACUGUCCUCGGGAAUUUUAGUUUUUAAGGGAUGAACUUGCUCACAGAGAUGUUUUUGCCAGUUCUGUUAUCUUGCCAAAACAUCUGGAGAUGAGCCAUCCACCAAAAAAGAAACCACCUGUAGAGGCUAUAAGUGAAUGCAAAGAUCUCAGGCUACCUGUGGUUGUGAUGCUUUUUGCUCUAGCACAAGACCAGAAACAUCCCCCUCAGAUUCCUCUGGGUUACUACCAGGUGUACAAUUCUGAUUAAAUAUGUGUUUGGGGGAUUCUCCAAACACAACUGAAUCUGGUCCAUUUUUGAAGUUAGUCUUUCAUAAAGCAGUUGCUGAGUUUUAUGAGUGUCUUAUCUUGUAAUGCUUAGGGGAGAUCAGAACCAGCAAAUAAUCAUCUUAUAAGCCUGUAUCAGAGAGACAUGUAAGCUGUUUUUAAAUAUUUGUGUCUUUGCUUAGAGGCAGUAGGAGAUGUGGUAAGAGUUUUAAAGGCUGGCUGAAGUAAGGCCCCGGGGUGUGUCCUGGCUUGGCAGAGCUGCGCGCCAGAUCUGCGAGAGGCAGAGGAGUCCCCGGCACAGCCGAGUGUCUGCGUUAAUGACAGCUUAUGCUUUUCAUUAUUAUUGACGAGAUCGCAACGGGUGUUUCAGAUCCCAAAGAAGAGAAGGAGGAGGAGGAGGAGGUUAGCAGCGCCCCGAGCCGCGGCUCCCCGGCUGGCGCGGGCAGGCCCGGCAGGAGCUGGCGCAGCAGGGCCGCCCGCCAGCGCCACGCCGAGCGGGCCCGCGCCGCCAGGACCAAGCCGGGCGCCCUGCAGCUCGUCUGCAAGUCGGAGCCGAACGCAGACCAGCUCGAGUACGUGGUCACAGAAGAGCACCAGUCUCCAGCUAGAGUCAGCAGUGAUGAUGAGGAGAUGCUCAUCAGUGAGGAAGAAGUUCCCUUCAAAGAUGAUCCGAGAGAUGAAACCUACAAGCCCCAUCUAGAAAAGGAAACACCAAAGCAAAGGAGGAAAACUAGCAAGGUGAAAGAGGAAAAAGAGAAACAGAAGGAGAUUAAGUUAGAAGUGAAAGAAGAGAAUGAGUUUCAGGAAGAUGAAGAACCACCAAGGAAGAGGGGAAGGAGGAGAAAGGAUGACAAGAGCCCAAGGCUGCCCAAGAGAAGGAAGAAGCCCCCAAUACAGUAUGUCCGCUGCGAGAUGGAAGGCUGCGGCACAGUCCUGGCUCACCCGCGUUACUUGCAGCAUCACAUAAAGUACCAGCACUUGCUGAAGAAAAAAUACGUGUGUCCUCAUCCCUCCUGUGGUCGGCUCUUCCGACUCCAGAAGCAGCUCCUGCGGCAUGCCAAGCACCACACAGAUCAAAGGGAUUACAUCUGUGAGUACUGUGCCCGGGCGUUUAAGAGUUCUCAUAACUUGGCGGUGCACCGAAUGAUCCAUACGGGCGAGAAGCCCUUGCAGUGUGAGAUCUGCGGGUUCACCUGCCGGCAGAAGGCUUCCCUCAACUGGCACAUGAAGAAGCACGAUGCAGACUCAUUCUACCAGUUCUCCUGCAACAUUUGCGGCAAGAAGUUUGAGAAGAAGGACAGCGUGGUGGCUCACAAAGCCAAGAGCCACCCUGAAGUGCUUAUUGCUGAAGCACUGGCUGCCAACGCAGGUGCCCUGAUCACCAGCACUGACAUCCUGGGCACUAAUCCUGAGGCCAUUGUGCCGCCCACCGACGGCCAGGGCCUCCCCCUCCUUCCUGACCCCCUGGGAAGCGCGGCCCCCGCUGACUGCCUGCUGCUCACCCCCGAGGGGGUCCCGAAGACCUUCUGCGGAGGCGCCGAGCGCGUCAGCCUGGUGGCUGAUGGCAAGCUCUUUGUGGGCAGCGGCAGCAGUGCAAACCCAGAGGGGCUGGUCAUGAACACAGAGAUCCUGGGAGCCACCACAGAGGUGCUCAUUGAAGAUUCAGACUCCACUGGACCCUAGUGGGCGGGGAGCACGUGGGUGCUGGGACUCUGUAUUUAAAAGGAAAAAAAAAAAAAAAAAAAAAAGCUGAGACACUUACUGAAAGAGAGAAAAGUUAAAGAACACUUACAGUACUAGUAAAUAACCGAAGGGUCUGCUCCCCUCCAGUGUGGAUCACAGCGCAUCCUCUUUCUCCCAAGCACUUCUCUCUCUCGCGCUGCUCCUUUGUAGAAAGGGGCAGAUGCUGCCAUUACCAGAGCAAGUUGGAUUGAGCAAUGGAUUUCUGCAGGGGGCACUCCUGAAACCUCUCGCUCUACCCCAACGCAGAUAGAUGCCUUUCUGGUUCCUUGACGUGGCCCCACUCGCAAACUAGAAAGCAUUUGAUGUGCUCUGGACAAGUUUCUUAGGACUCCCUCUCGCCCCUGAUCCCAACUUCUAUGCAUCGCUGCACUCUGGUCCUUGCAGUCUCAUUCUUCCUCCCAGGGCUGGGAGUUUGGCUUGGCACUUUAGGCCCCCUCAGCAGGGUGAGCUGUGAGACAGAGCACGUCCCUCUCCCCACCACGCUCCUCUGCUCCAGCUCUGGCAGGAAGUCGAGGGAACGCCCUGGCUCAUAGAUCAUGUUUGCUUGGAGAGGCCCGGGGGCUACGGGAGCCCUGCGUGGGAGAGGCAAGGAGGAGCAUCCCAGUUUGACGACAGUAAUUUGCACUUUGAACAUGUUUCGUUUUUGUGUUGUGGUAACAAGAUUCCUUAUUUAUUGAUUAAAAAAGGGUCGGUAUUUUUGAGUUAUGUUCUUGGUGGGGGGUGUGGAAGGGGUUCAGGCCAUUUCCCAGUGUGCUCCUUCGCACUAGAGCUGCAGGGAGCGCGUCACGCUGUCGCAAGAGCAGCCGGGAGAGCCCGGGGGAAGGCAGCCUGCUGGAGUCAGAUGUCUCGCAGCUUUCCCAGAGUAGGGGGAGAGUCCCUGGAGAUGAGCCUGUGUGCAGUGGGAGCCUCUGCAGCAGCGUUUUAAGCAGGAGGAUGAGGUGAGUGGUGGAACAGCUGGCUGUUGUCUCCUUCCUUCCCAGGCUGGGGUGAGCUUGCAUUAAAUGCUCUUCUUGCCUCCCCCUUGCUCCCUAGCCUUUUAGGGAAGAACAUCGUUAGCCAGGAACUUGUGUCUUAGAACAGUUGUGAGCUGCUUGCUGCUGGAGGAUGUUGUGCUCCUCAUCCAACUCUGCCUCACCAGGUCUAGACAAAGAGACAGAAGCAGGGACUAGAUAUGGUUGUCUCAGGCUUGUUUAUCCAAGGCAGUAAACUGACAUGGGACUAAGGGGCUGUUGGCUUCUCUCCCUGCCCCUGUUUUGGGUGAAGGGUGUUGUGCAGCAGUGUUCUCAAAGCUUCUCUCUUCUGUGCAAGUACCCCUGCUUUCCAUGAAACGUGGCAGUUCAAGUGUUGCCUGCUGGUAUAGUUAGGACAGCUCUGAGCUCUUGGGAAAGUUUACAUGGGAUAUGAUGUGUCUGCUAUGGAGACUUGGAUCUAUUUGCUUUUACCUGGAACUUUGUGUGGAGAUUCAGUGGCCUUGAAUUCAUAGUGUUUUUGAAAGAGGUGAAGAAUAACCUGGGCUUUUUAUUUGUUUGCUUGGUUUUUUUGGUUUGGCUUAUGUGAUUGGGAGCUGAGCUGAAGUAUCUUGCCUGAGCACAAGAUGAGCUAAAUUGGUCUGUAGCACAGAACAGCUAGGCAAAAUCGGGUACCUGGGGUCUGGAGAAUGGCAAUAAAACAUGGAAUGUAAUAGGAAACUUUUCACAGGAAACUGGCUCUGAACACCCACUCUGUCCCGUGUGCUGCCUGGAAAUGCAGCUGUGGCCCAAGCCUGGCAGCUUUUAUUGGGCCAUUUGUCCUGAUCUGCCCCCUCCCCCCCUUACACUGGUAUCUGUUAGAGCAAGUUGAAACACUUCUGGUGUUGGGGCGGUUUGUGGCUUAACAGUUUGCAAAGCUGAUGUCUUAUGCCCUGGGCGUGGGCAUCCCACGUGCUUGCACCGGGGCUCCCGUGCCUGCAGGGUCUGGUCACAAGCCAGUCCUGGAGGUGAGGGCCCCUCAUACCUGAAUGUGGGUCCCCUGGGACAGUGCAUGUCAGGUCUGUGGUGGUGUAGUGUUAAACUGAACCAGUUUCCACAGUUGGGAUGAUCCGAUUUCUUGCUUGGAUCAAAUUACUGUGACUUCCAGCAGGAAGCUUUCGGGUAGCCAGCUGGUCCUCUCCCCUUGUAGACUAAAGAGAAGCAGCAUGAUUAAAUGUGUUCAAACCCAACUCUGAUGGUUUCACCCUGCAGCAGUGUGGGUCUUCAAUAUGGGGAGACUUGGGGCUGGCUGGGCCAUGUUGAGUGGUGGCAUGUCUCCUGCCCGGGAUCCUGGCCGCCAGCAGCAGAUGUGCUCGUGUGGCACGGGCUGGCCCUGUCCCUCCCUGCCCCCCAGCCCCCAUGGCUGCAGACUGAGCUGCUGGAGCUGCUGGUCGUGCCCUGCCCCUGUGCCCGUGGGAGGGGUGGGCAGAGCCUUGCACAGAACACUAAACGGAGAGCUCGGGGUUUUGUUUUCUGAGGGAUGGCGCUAAAAUGCUUAUGGGUCAAGGGCUUGCUCACCUCUGGUGACACAACUCUUGGCACCUGGCUGGGAGGUGAGGGAAGCUGCUCCAUCCUGUGUCUGCUCCAGCCAUCCCAAGCGGAGCACAAUUUGCCACUGGCUGCAUUUUUGAGACGCAGAAUCGAGCAGCUCAUUUGCUUCCUGGUCCGGACACCUCUAAUCCCUGCCACUCCCUGCCUUGUCCUUCCAUACUCGCCUCUCGUAGGUCUUUUUCUUUUCCUGGUCUCGGCCAGUUGCCUGUCUGUCCUCUAACCACAGCCUGCUAACCCCUGAUGUAGGAGAGACCGGUGUAGCUUCCUUCCCGCUCCCAUUUGAAACCGUGAAACUGACACAGCCCUCCUGCAGCUCCUCCUCCCCUCGAUGUCUCUCCUUCACUCGCAUGCAGUUUGCUUCAAUAAAUUAUUGUAGUAGUUUGCAAUAAACUUUUUUUGUAUUUUU